AUGGUAGACCAAAACAGAGGAGGAGCUCAGCUCAAGCAAAACUUAACGAUUUCAUUUCGCCGGAAAAGCAGAGUUAACGAAGGAGGAAGAGAUCAACGGCAAGCGGGGGUGAAGAAGAUGCCGGUGAGAGUUGUGGAGAGCAACACGCCUGCUCAAGUUUCAGGAACUGAUCCUGGGAAUCGAUCACCACUUCCUCCUAGCUCACUUCUCGGCGCCGGUCAGGCAUUUUCUGGUACGCAAAAUGUCUCUAAUCAACAGAAAGAGGAAGCUUGGAGAGUAAACGUCCAGAUACAGGGGAUUGACCUUGAACAUGGCUAUCUCUGUGGCACCAUGGAAGCUCUUAACGUUCCCAUGGCAGACACUCCUGUCAUAACAUUCUGGGAAGGCGAGAUUGUGGAUGGAAAGAAUUAUACUUUUUACACUGCAAAAUGGGAAGCCACGAGAGAAGAUGAUAUGAGACAUUGGUCAAAGUUUCCAUCUUUUUCGCCUCUUCAGACACAAGUUGAGUCUGAUGGUGGCAGGCAAUUGGAUCUUAGCAAUUACCCUUAUAUAUUCAUGAGAUGGAAAGAGCAAUACUUUGUAAAUGUUGGCACAGAUUGUGGACUAACAAUAGCUGGAUUUUACUACGUGUGCUUCUCCUGCAGCGACGGAUCCAUCAGCGGUUUCUACUAUGAUCCAAACAGCAGUCCGUUUCAGAAGCUGGAGCUGAAAACAGUGAACGAAGAAAGAUCUGGUUUCAGCUUCUCUUCUUACGAGUUGCAAUGA